AUCUGCGCGAGGUGCGCAUGCCCAAUAGCGGAGACUAGCUCGCACUCGUCAACCACGCACCGGGCCGAGCUGUCAUCCACGUUAUCGUCAUCUUCUCUAGCCGACAACCGUGUGUCACCGUGUCUUAUCCCCAACCGUACACGUCGGGCCUCGGUUAUACUUGUUAGACACAGCGGCCCAGACGCACAAGAUAAUUCCCUGUUUUUUCAAAGCGGAGAAACCGCGUUUAUCGAGACAUCAUUUUCUCUGCAAAUAACAACAAGGUGCAAGAUGACGUUGGAUAGGGGUUGGAUGUGGCGCGUGCUGCUCCUGUCCUCCCUGGCUGUGGCAGCUGUAGCGGCCCUGGAGAACCAGUUGGACGUUGAUGUUUCAGACGUUGAUGAAGAUGUGGCAUUGGAUGAGGAAGAAUUAGAGGUUCUGAUGGCAGAAGAAGAAGAGGAGGAGGAGGCAACGGGGAUGGAUGAAGACAACUAUGAUGACACUGUCGACACAGCAAGUGGGAAGGCUGGCAAGGCUGAAAUGGAUGCAAAUGUCUCUUUCCAGGUAACCUACAAGACUCCUGUUCCCACUGGAGAUGUAUACUUUGCGGAGACAUUUGAUGAUGGAACACUGGACAGUUGGCAGCUGUCGAAGACAGUAAAGGGAGAUGCAGAUGAUGACAUCGCCAAAUAUGACGGGAAGUGGGCUGUGGAGCAGCUGAAGGAGAACAAAGUUCCAGGAGACCAGGGUCUGGUGCUCAAGUCCCGGGCCAAACACCAUGCUAUCGCCGCAAUGCUUAACAAGCCCUUUGUCUUCAAGGAUGAGCCUCUGGUCAUACAGUAUGAGGUGAAUUUCCAGAAUGGUAUCGACUGUGGUGGAGCAUACAUCAAACUGCUUACAGACACUGGCAAUCUUAAUCUGGAGCAAUUUCAUGACCGUACACCCUACACCCUGAUGUUUGGACCAGACAAGUGUGGCGAGGACUACAAGCUGCACUUCAUCUUCCGCCACCAGAAUCCUCUGAACAAAGACAUGGAGGAGAAGCAUGCCAAGAGGCCUGAUGUCGACCUCAAGAAGUUCUACACUGACAAGAAGACUCACCUUUACACUUUAGUCCUGAACCCAGACAACAGCUACGAGAUGCUCAUUGACCAGUCCAGUGUGAGCCGCGGCAGCCUGCUGCACGACGUGGUGCCUCCAGUCAACCCAGCCAAAGAGAUAGACGACCCAAAUGACUCCAAGCCGGAGGACUGGGACGAGAAGGCCAAGAUUCCUGACCCCGAGGCUACCAAGCCCGAUGACUGGGAUGAAGAUGCUCCAGCAAAGAUUGACGACCCUGAGGCUUUGAAGCCAGAGGGCUGGCUGGACGACGAACCAGACUUCGUCGCCGACUCUAAUGCUGAGAAACCAGAAGACUGGGACGAGGAGAUGGAUGGGGAGUGGGAGGCCCCGCAGGUUCCUAACCCAGCCUGUGAGACAGCCCCCGGCUGUGGGGAGUGGAAGCGUCCCCAGAUCAACAACCCUCAGCACAAGGGCAAGUGGAAAGCCCCUCUGGUGGACAAUCCCAACUAUCAGGGAGUCUGGAAGCCACGUAAAAUCGAUAACCCGGACUAUUUUGAGGACCUGCAGCCAUUCAGGAUGGCACCUUUCAAGGCCGUGGGUUUGGAGUUGUGGUCCAUGACCUCGGAUAUCUACUUUGACAACUUCAUUAUCACCUCUCACAAGGAGGUGGCCGACCGCUGGGCCUCUGACAGCUGGGGGCUGAAGAAACUGGUGGCCAGCGCUAACGAGCCGGGGAUUUUUGCUCAGCUGAUGAUGGCAGCAGAGGAGCGCCCGUGGCUCUGGGUGAUCUACAUACUGACGGUGGGCCUGCCCAUAGGACUGGCUGUGCUCUUCUGCUGGCCAAAGAAGUCAGACGACGAGUAUGUGUACAAGAAGGUGGAUCCCCCCCGGGCUGAUGUAGAAGAGGAGGACGAAGAGGACGAAGAAGAGGAGGCAGCAGAUGAGGAAGACAAAGCCACCGAGGCUACACACGGAGCAGCAGCUGCAGCAACAGAAGAGGCUGCGGACGACGACGAUGAGGAGGAGGAUGAAGCCGAUGCGGGAGGGGACAAUCUAGAGGGGGAUAAUGACGAGGAGGAGGAGGAGGAGGAAGAAGAGGAGGAGGAGGAGGAGGAGGGAGAAGAGGAGAGCAAAGCUCCCGAGAGAAUAAUAGAAGAGGAGCCAAAGGAGGGUGGAGAAAUCACCGAAGAGAGCCACAAACAGGCUGUGAGAAAGAGGAGGGUACGGAAAGACUGAGACGUGACUGACCUACUGUCUCCUUUCUACCCUGAUGGGGAGGAGGUGGAAGGGCCGUCUCAGCUGCUGCUGC